AUGGCUCUCACCCCAUGGCCCCACCUCUUCCACCUCCCUCUUCACUCUUCUUCCUCCUCCUCCUCUCACCUCUUCUUCUACUCCCAAUCCCAGUCUUCUCCGCUGCUCCGAAUAACCGAAACAUCCGCCGCGUUCUCUCCGCUCAAGGUCUCGUCGGCCAGUGCCAGGUGCUACAAGUCGGCGACCGAGCCGGAUACUGUCUCCGAUGACGAAGCUGGAGAUCGCGAUAGCGUUAAGACCGCGAACGGUGGAUCGGUGACUGUUACGACGACCUCGUUUUCCGGUGACUCCCUGUCUCUUGGGAUUCGCGAGCCGGUGUAUGAGGUAGAAGAAGUCAAGGCUAAUGGGACGAUUUCCAUAAGAAAAAUUAACAGACGUCAGCUAUUGAAGUCAAGUGGUCUUCGUCCACGUGAUAUUCGAAGUGUUGACCCUUCAUUGUUUCUGACAAAUUCGAUGCCUUCCUUGCUGGUCCGUGAGAAUGCUAUUCUGUUGAAUUUGGGCACAUUACGUGCAAUUGCAAUGCAAGAGCGUGUCCUUAUUUUUGACUACAACCGAAAAGGAGGAAAAGCUUUCAUCGAAGCACUACUGCCUCGACUUAACCCCAAAAAUAUGAAUGGAGGACCAUCUAUGCCAUUUGAACUUGAGGUUGUUGAAGCAGCAUUGCUCUCAAGAAUACAGCGCUUGGAACGAAAAUUAAUGGAUUUAGAACCUCGUGUUCAAAAUAUUCUAGCGGUUUUGCCCAACAAGUUAACUGCUGACAUACUGGAGCAACUUCGUAUCAGCAAGCAAACCUUGGUUGAAUUGGGUUCAAGGGCAGGGGCUCUUAGACAAAUGUUGUUUGAUCUUUUGGAGGACCCUGAAGAAAUACGCCGUAUCUGUAUUAUGGGAAGGAACUGCACACUCAAGAGGGGAAACGAUGCUGUUGAAUGUUCUGUUCCUUCAGAGAAGCAGAUUGCUGACGAAGAAGAGGAAGAAAUUGAGAUGCUUUUGGAAAAUUAUCUUCAAAGAUGUGAAUCUUGCCAUGGCCAGGCUGAAAGGCUUCUUGAUUCUGCUAAAGAAAUGGAAGAUUCUAUAGCUGUUAACUUGAGUUCUCGGAGGCUUGAGGUUAGCAGAGUGGAAUUACUCCUUCAGGUCGGGACCUUUUGUGUGGCACUGGGUGCUCUGGUGGCAGGUAUAUUUGGCAUGAACUUGAGGUCCUAUCUUGAAGAGCAUGUGUUCGCAUUUUGGGUCACAACAGCUGGGAUAAUCGUUGGUGCUAUUGUGGGAUUCUAUCUUAUGUAUUCGUAUCUCAAGACACGAAAAAUAUUGUAAAUAGAAAAGAGAUUCAAAUACAGGUAAAUUCUGAGGUCAAGAACAUUCAUCAACGACAUUGGGAUGGUACCAAGUUCUUUGCACAGUAUUAUUUCGUCAUUAUAUAUGAACUUGUAUGCGAUAUCUCCAACAAGAUUGCAGCAUGGCGGCCUGUCAAGACAAGCAAGUUAUUUUGACUUUGCCAAUUUGCGCAAUUACCUAUACACAAUAGGCAGUCUUCUUCUAGUGGAGGAGUUGUUGGAGUUGUAGCCCGUAUAUUUUGGCUACAAUGAAAGCUGGAGUGUCUUCUUGUAAGCAGUUGAGAAGUU